CGGACGCGGUGUAGUUAUGUGGAGAAAGAGGCGGCUAUUUCGCAUCACCAUGCUGAGCACCUUCGCACUUGUCGUUAUUUACUACUCGACGACGCAACUCAGCACACUGAGAUAUCGGACUAGACGUAAGGCGGGGACGACGGGGCCCUUCCCGACGCUGCUGGUGCACGAGGCGGUGUACGUGCAGCAGGGGCGCGACCGCACGCGCACGACGCGGACGGCGGACGCCCUGGCGCUGCACGCCUUCAACGAGCGCGCCAGCGACCGCCUGCGCAGCGACCGCCCGCUGCCCGACACCAGGCACCACAGGUGCCGAACGGCGGAGUACGCGGUGCCCGACUACCAGGCGGUGAGCGUCGUCAUCACCUUCCACAACGAGGCGCGCUCUGCGUUGCUGCGCACCGUCGUCAGUGUGUUAAACAGGACUCCUGAUGACCUGUUAUUUGAGGUGAUUCUAGUCGACGACUCCAGCGUCAACGAGCAGGACGGCGGGCUCCUGGCGGCGCUGCCCAAGGUGAAGGUGAUUCGCAACGAGCGGCGCGAAGGGCUGAUCCGGUCGCGGGUGCGCGGGGCGUCGGUGGCCCAGGGGGACUUCCUCGUCUUUCUCGACAGCCACUGCGAGGUGAACGUCGGUUGGCUGGAGCCUCUGCUGGACAGAGUCGCCCAGAAUCCCUAUCUCGUAGCUAGUCCAGUUAUCGAUGUCAUCGACAUGGACAGCUUUCAGUACCGCUCUUCCUCGGCUCAGCUCAAAGGAGGAUUUGACUGGAGCCUUCAUUUUAAAUGGAUACCUUUAAGUUCCAGUGAAAAAGCAAAGAGAAGUGAUCCUACUGAACCUUUCUUAAGUCCUGUUAUGGCUGGAGGAUUAUUUUUAAUACAGCGUGAAUGGUUUCAACAGUUGGGAAUGUUUGAUCAGGGAUUAGAAAUUUGGGGAGCUGAGAAUCUAGAGGUUUCCAUUAAGGUGUGGUUGUGUGGUGGGAGGUUGGAAGUGGUGCCAUGUAGUCGUGUAGGUCAUGUCUUUCGUAAAAAGCAUCCUUAUUCUUUUCCUGAAGGUAAUGCCAACACGUACCUCAGAAACACAAAAAGAAUUGCUGAAGUAUGGCUUGAUGAUCACAAGAGAUUCUUUUAUGAAGCAAGACCCAGUGCCACCGAAAUUGAUGUUGGCAGUUUAGACAAUCAACUGAAAAUAAAAGAACAGUUGAACUGCAAACCAUUCCAGUGGUAUUUGGAAAAUGUUUUCCCAGAACUCAAGCUACCUAACGAAGAGAAUUCAGCAUUUGGGCAGCUCAAGCAAGGUUCCUUGUGCCUGCAGGCAGAAGAAGGAGGGGGAGGCAAAGUCAAAAUGGCCCAAUGUACUGACUCAGUAGGUUCUCAAAGCUCUUGGGCAUUUAGUGCCCAUACCUCUGCCAUUCACCUCAACAAGUUAUGUCUCACAGUUCCUAGAUCAAGCAAAGUUCCAGUGCUUCAGACUUGUCGACAGCACAGCCAGCAGCAAAAGUGGAGUCGACAUGGAAGAGCUCUUGUUUUGCUGUCAAAUGGAUUCUGUCUGGAGAGUGGUUUGGGUAGUGAAGUUCUGAUGGCAGAAUGCAGACGCAGUGCAUUGUCGCAGCAGUGGGACUUCACAGUGGAACUGCAGACUCAGGACGAUUUACCUAUUAACAUAACAUGACACAGGGAGAAGAGCAGUAGAAAAAGAAAUAAAUUUUCUUACCAAUUUUGUUUUAUGAUUCCUACUGCUCUUUCUCUAGCAAUGAUUUCAAAAGCUGUGAUUUAAUGGGUAUUUUGAUACUCAUUACUUUUAAUACAAUUGUAUGUUGUAAAUAUUGAUCAAAUGUUUGUUCUGAAAGAGAAUUGUAAUGAUUUUAAAGUGAGAAUGUAACUCUGAAUGAAUAGAAUAGAUUAUUUAUUGUCCUGUGGUUAAGAUAUUUGAUAAAUUUGUGAAAAUAUAGUGUUAAAACCUAACAUGUGAUAAUAUUUCAUAAUAUUUGUUGUAAUUUGUUGAAGGUUGUGACUCAUUUGCGGAUUUUCUUGUGAAAACCGUCCAUUUAAUCAGUGACAAGAAAAAUAAUUGAACUAAUAUUUGAUGUUUGUAAUGAUUGUUGUCAAAAGCUUUGACUGCAAAGACUGUGAAUAUCUGUGAGCCACAAUCAUGUCAUUUACAUUAAAAUAUGUGAUAUUCCCAGUUGUGAAUUUCUAAAAUACAUUAUAAGAAAUUAAAAAUAGAUGAAUUAAGUUUGUAAAUUUAAAAAUAAAUGUUCCUAUUUAUGAUCUUACA